AUGGCACACGAUACCGUUCAAGAUAUUCCCUUGGAGCUCAAGGACUCCCUGAAAAAAGAGGAUGUCGAAGAAGCAAACUAUGCCGUCGCUAGCGAGUUGGAUGUGGUCCUGGAUCCAAAGAAAGAGGCAAAGCUCCUCGCCAAACUGGAUACUGCCUUUGUCCCCAUCAUCAUGUUGACAUAUCUCACUUGUUUCCUGGACAGAUCGAGUAUCGGAAAUGUCAAGGUUGCCAAUAUGCCCGAGGAUAUCAAUGCUUCACCAGACCAAUUUUCGACCGCUGUCUCCAUCUUCUAUGUCACAUAUGUUCUUUUUGAAGCACCAUGGGCGGUCAUGAUGAAGAAGUUGACCCCUCGUAACAUUCUGACGGGACUCUGUAUCGUUUGGUCCCUGACUACCAUCUUCACUGGAUUUAUCGAGUCGGUGGGCUCUCUCUACGCCACUCGUCUUAUCCUGGGUGCUUGCGAAGCUGGCCUGUUCCCUUGUCUCAAUCUCUACCUGACCAUGGUCUACCGUCGAGAGGAGCAAGCGAAGCGUGUUUCCUACUUGAUGAGUUGUGCUGCCAUCUCAGGGGCUGUAGGUGGCCUCUUGGCCUACGGGCUUUUGCAGAUGGACGGAAUUGGCGGCAAAGCAGGAUGGAGAUGGGUCUAUAUCAUUGAAGGCCUGUUCAGCAUCAUCUGUGCCCUUCUCAUCUGGUUUGGUCUCCCAAAUAACCCGGCCGAAGCUUACUUUCUCACCGAAGAGGAGAAAUGGAUGAUGCGGGUACGCAACGAGCAGCGUCGCAAGUAUAUGGGAAGCGAAGAGUUCAGCUGGGAAGAGAUGCGCAUCGCGAUCAGAGAUCCCAAGUUGAUGUUUAGCAGUGUCGUCCAGUUCUGCCAGGAUAUUCUCUUAUAUGGCUUCAGCACUUUCCUGCCCACUAUCUUGGGUGGCAUGGGCUAUGAUUCCCUAAUGAGCAACGUCUUGACUGUCCCAGUCUACGUUUGGGCUGCCUUGAUCUUUAUCGCCAUUGCUUGGUGCUCAGACCGAUACUCCAAAUUUGCUUCGUACAUCUUCGCAGCGAAUCUAUUCGGCGUUGUCGGUUACAUCAUUCUUCUCACAGUAGACAAUACCGCCGUCCAAUACUUUGCUACUUUCCUCAUCGGUAUCACCACCUACACCUCCGUUGGUCUCAACAUCGCCUGGCUGAAUGUGAAUAUCGCCCCACAAUACCGUCGUGCUCUCGCAAUUGGUCUCCAGCAGACAAUCGGCAACUGUGCUGGCAUUGUUGCCGGUCAGGUGUAUCGCACAUCACCUUAUGUGCUGGGUAACUCCUUCUCUCUGGGGUCCCUUGCGGUGGCGCAAGGCACGGUAGUUGCAUAUGGUCUCUACUUGCGGCGGGAGAACAAGGUGAAGGAGCAAAUUAUCAGUGGUGAAAAGGAAGACACUCGACGGGUCCAGACGGGUGAUGGAGAACUGGAGUUCAAAUAUAUCUACUAG